CCGCAUGAUUAGAAUAGUGUCAAAUCGCGGAGGACUUCUCCACUACAAAGGCAGGCCGGACAGAUCGAAACCUACGUUCUAGUGGCACCAUCUCUGAUGGCGGGACAGUAUCCUAUAAUGAUACUGGGCUCAAUCUGAUUGAGCAAAUCAAGUAUUGCGGUCUGCAGAUGAGUGUAGAGUAUGUCACUACCUUGAAGACAAAGGUUGGCAUAAAAGGAUGCCAGCGAUUCCAAUAACAAAGAAUGUCCUCCGGUAACAAGGGUGCUGCCUGCGGCGAACCACUCGACGUAGGUUGGGGCCGCUUUGUUGGGAUCUUGAUUGAGAUGGCAUUGGACAAAGGCAGGCAAAUCGUGACACUUUCAAAUGCCACAGGGAGUGCCCGAAAGAGGAGGCAUCUAUAGGGAUAGGGCUUCAGUAUCGUUUCAAUAAUAAUUCAUACGAGUGCUUGAGUAGCGAUGUUAGCAGCACACCUACUUCCAUUGACAACGUUUCUGCUAUGCAUUCUGAGAGCAGUACCGCAACGUUACGAUGGGCAGUUCUGGCCGUGUAACCCAAUGCAGAAUGCCUCGUGUCCUCCAAACCCAGGUCUAAAUCAGUAUGACUAUUUCAUAGACUUCACCAACCCUCCGCCGGACUUGGCGGAGGACUGGAGCACUUCCAACUACGCCACCAUCACGUACAACACCAGAGCCAAGAACGGUGCCGAGUUCACCUUCGCAAAGCGAAUGGAUGCGCCGCAGCUUUUCACGAACUUUUACAUCUUCUUCGGGCGGGUUGACGUCGUCAUGCAAGUGGCGCCAGGCACCGCCAUGAUCUCGUCAGCCGUGCUGAUGUCCGACGACUUCGAUGAGAUCGACUGGGAAAUGUCGGGCAACGACUUCAACCUAGCAAGGCAGUACCCGAACGGAGUUGUCCAGAACAACUACUUCUCGAAGGGAAUCACCGGCUGGUACGACCGGGGCCAGUGGCAAGUGUGCACUCGCCCUCAGACGCAAUUUCACACAUACUCAUUCGAUUGGACCCCGACGAAGCUCGACUGGCUGAUUGAUGGUCAGGUGGUUCGGACUUUUCUGGCCUCUCAAGCCGAUAACAAUGAUCAUCAAUAUCCUCAGACCCCAUCAAAGUUCCAGCUUGGAAUCUGGAGUGGCGGCGACCCAGAUCAGAACUCAGGAACGAGGGACUGGGCGGGAGGCAUAACCAACAUAACCGCGGGCCCGUACACGAUGUUCGUGAAGAGUGUUAAAAUCCAGAACUAUAACCCGGCGCAGCACUACAAGUGGACGGACCAGAGCGGCAGCUGGAAAAGCAUUAAGCUGAUCAAUGACACGGCUAUUAGGUCCUCUAGUACCUCUUCUUCUCAGAAAUCAACUUCAUCUUCUAAUCUCAGCUCUCGCCCUGCGUCUUCCUUGCCCAUCACGAGCAGUAGCCUGUCAAGUACGAUAUCUUCAAUCACUUUUGCUAGCCCAACAGUGGCGAAGACUACAAGCACUCCUGCAAUCUCCAAGACUUCGGGUGGCACGCGCUCAAACAGUGUAGCAAGCGUGCCGACCACUUCUAGCACUUCAGCCUCUUCAUCUGAUAAGGGUGCCAGCCCCGUAGUCCUGAACCCUGCAGUUCCUGCGGCCAGAACCUCCACAUCGCUCGGCUCUGCAAGCAACCCGAACCCAAUUCAACUCACCCCUGGCCCUUCUUCUGGCACAGGGCCGCCGUCGUCAUCGAGCAGCAGUUCUGACCUCGGCGGCACCUCGAGCGGCUCGACCAGCGUCACAACUAGAUCUGAUCCUGCCGCAGGAGGGCCACAUACGCGCAGUUCCGUGUGCCAGGGGCAGGUCUGCGUGACCCUUUCGCCCUCCACGGCAGCCAAGCCCACCAUGCCGCCACCGGCCUCGGAAACAAACAGGAGCCCGUCAGCCGCCACGGCCACAACCCCUGGCGUGACCGGCCAUUACUGUAUCGUAGGAGUGGACGACGUCGCAACCUGCAGUAUCCUCCGCCUGGCGAGCCCGACGACCAAACCCGCCGGCCCUUCCACUUCCACUUCCGUGACCCCCAAAGCCACAGGCCCCGACAUGGCCCCGUCUGCCGGCACGAGCAAUCUCCAGACCUCCUGGCUCUGGCCCUUCUCCAAGUCGCAGAACGGCCUAUGCGCAUACCGGGGGUUCGCCGUGUGCGCUGGCAGCGGGUUCGGAGACUGCUGCUCGCGGUGGGGGUACUGCGGCAAGACGGAGGCGUACUGCGGUGCGAACUGUCUAGGGCACUGGGGCUCCUGCUUGGCAGGAGGGGACGGGGAGGAGGAGAACAGGGGGGGUAGACGGCAAGAGCAGGGCGAGCAACAUCAGUGGGAGAGGCGGGCGAGGGCGUACCCGCCUGGAAGACGGCCGCAGGCGACAGAGAUCGUAUGAGGAGGGAUCGAUGGGUUCUGAUUGGUGAACAGUCUUCUUGUGGUGUUUUUUUUUCCCCUUCUUUUUUUGUAUGAUUGUGUGCAUUACCCCUUGGCUGUUCAAGUCGCCAUUCUCAGGCCGUCUAUUUUAUUUAUGUAUCAUUAAUGCACCAUUUCUUUCAUGUUAUUGAAAUCUUGGUCGGACGUGCACGAAUAGGUUGCCAAUUCUUCUUACCUGCUUAUAUAGACUGUUUGGCCAUGCAGACGAAGAGGUUACUUCGCGAUUCGUGUUCCUCUACUGCUCGUCGUGUCAAGAAAACGUGACACAUACCUCGACCUUAUCUCAAUGUCUCCAAGGACGACUGCUCGUGGGUUUGGUACCUCCUUCCGGUCGAAGACUCAAGAUAGACAGAUCACGUACAAA